AUGAAUCUCACAGCACAUGUUACUAUGGGUUGUCGUGCUCAUAGAAUUGCCCUCGUAAUGAAGAAGUUAUGUGGGAGAGCCUUGAUUACUGCGACAGAUAAGAUGCGUGUUGUAUUUAAUGAUAAGCAGAAGGGCUUGCAUAAACACAAACUCAAAAAACAGCUCAAUAUACUGGAAGCUCUUAUAUGUGCAGAAAACGAGGAGGCGAUGAAAGGUCUUGUGGCACCAAAAUUUGACAGCAAACCAAUAUCAAACAUGAUAGAAUUUUGUGCCCAGCGAGCUGCGUACUUUAAUAAGAGUACGGUAGAGGCCAAUAAACUGGUGCAAGCUCAUGAGAUGUUAUUAUACGACAAUCUAGCUAGAGCUAUAGCAAAUGGCGGUGUCCGGUGGUCUGGUGUGUAUGAAAUGAUCGGGCGUAAUGACUAUCUUUGUACAGGAAUCAUGAAGCAAAUCGAAGAUUCGAAGGAAGAUGAUAAACAUACUGGAUAA